CGUCUUGUGAGGUCUAUCUGCAUCCUGUUCCUCACAAAGUUUCAUGAGUCGAGAAUAGGAGACGAAAUCCCGCAAACCCUACAUUCUUUCGGUUAUAGCACACUUCUCACUGCCAGGUGUUCAUCGCCACUUGGCUGGGAAUGAGGGCCAUCUCCAUCUGCGGGCAUCGUCCGAGAGGGAGCAACUCGCCGAUUUAUGGACAGGUGCAGACCCGCCCGUUGGUGUCCUUCAUCCAGCCCACGACCUAUGCAAACCCACCAGCGGACUGGGGGCAGGAGGUCGGGAUUCUCCGUGACGUGGGAGCCUACUUGGACGUGCUGCGCAGCACCAGCCACACCCACACGGAGCGGCCGGCAGGGGGAGGGAGGGUGUCUGACGUGGAGUGGAAUAAGCGCCACCUCCAGCUGCGGGCAUCAUUCGAUCGGGCGGAGCAGCUCAGCGAGCGCUUCACCCAGCAGCAGAGGGACGAGUUGAAGGUAAUCCGUGGGGCGAUGGAGGUACGUCUGUGGCAGGAAGGGCUCACACAAGCAGGAGAAGAAGAAAAGCACGGCGGUUGGUUGCAUGUGUGUUCGUGUAGGUCCGUUUGAAUGCGCUCAUGACAGCUCCCCGCCAGCACCAGCCCUGUGUCGCACCACCAGCUCCUGCCGCUGGCCCAUCGACACGUCAGCCAUCCUCACCACACACGCAUCAGCACCUGCAUGGAUGGAUGGAUGGAUGUCUUUGAAUGCAGGUGGCCGGCCCGUCAACCCCCCGCCCACCUGGUACGAGACCACCAAUGGUACGCAACUCACGCGCUGCGCACAACACACGCCUCCCAUUCGCGUGUGUCGUGCAGAGCCUGCCUCUGAGCAGGUGAUCCGCGUGCUGGCCCAUGGCAGGAGGGCAAUGCUCGACCGCAGAGCAGACAGAGGGGAGCGCCAUGAGCUGUUCGUGGAGUCUCUGCAGCGUGAGAUGAGGGAUGCACUGGGCCGGCUGGAAGAGCACAAGUCAUCAGGAAAAUGCAGGCCGACACCGAGGAGAAAAAUGACCAGGCGACACAGACUCAGAAGGUAGGCACAUGGAUAAUCUUAACUCUCGCCUCCCCCCACACCUUGAGUGCGGUGCCGUGCCGUAAUCCGUCUAUCUGCGUGGUGUCUCUUGUUGUGCGCUUGUAACCGCUUCAGAAAUCUGCCGCCGACAUGGCCAUACAAACCGACGCGGUAAGCACUUUCACACACAAAUCCUCCGGCGAGGUGCCUUGGAUGAGUUGACUGUCGUGUCUUGCUCCCUCCCUCCUUCUUUCUCUCUCUCUGUGUGUGUGUGUGUGUGUGUGUCUUGCCAUCAUAGCAGUCAAAGCCAGGGUUUUUUGCCAAGUUGUACAUGAGUUUCAUGAGUGCGUGCUGCUGGCGCUGCCCGUCCACCCCACUUCAGGAAGAUGAGAUAGUUGUGCGUGGGGGUGGGCGGGGCUGAGGGCUUAGGGCUUCACCCCCUAUCCCCACUGAGUGAUGUGUGUGUGUCGCUGCGCACUGAAAGUCGGCCUUGCCGUAUGGUGCUCGGUCGGAAGGGUCGCCCCGGGUGCUGGCCGGUGCACCACGCCCCGCCGACGAGUAGGGGCAAUGCGACACAAGACAUCAAUUCAGUGAGGAGAGGCGAGGGAAGGCCCAAGUGAUGAAGAGAGAGACACUCGAUUGAUGCAGAGCAGCGAGCCAAGCGUACGUACGUCUGUGGAAGAGAGAACAGAGACGGAUGAAGUCACUGAUGUGAAAGAUACAAAGAGAGUGUGCAUAGCAGUGAGCCUUUCAUCGUUGCCUACAUUUUAUAUCUGCUUGUUCUCUGGUGACGGCACCCCUGCAUACUGAAAGAUGUCAGACACUGGCAUAUGCAUGUUUCUUGACUGUUUCUUG